AUGGACGACUAUGACGAUUUCGUCAGCCCUCGCGGCCAACAACGCGCGCCUCGUCAACCCGUGCAACACGACCCGUUUGCCGACUUUGACACUUCACAAGAUAGCUUUGGCGUCCAUCAGCAAUUGCAACCAUCCGCUUCCGGACCAUCGCAUGUUCUCGUCGAUGCAGACGACCCCGAUCUGAUGGGCGACGACUUCCACCACUUGGACGCCGAUCAUCGUGCCACCGCCUCGUCUCAAAACCAAGCCUAUCCACCCACCGCCUCUUCACGCUAUGCCUCCGAUCCGUUUGCGAUUUCAACUGCCUCGUUCGAUCACCAUGAUACCGCCAUGGGUCUUGAUGCGCCCGCACCUCUAGGUUCCCAUAUGCAAGGCAGCGUCGAGUCCGGACUGCCUCUAGCUGCAAGCGCACAAACGCCAGCAGGCUACCAACACGCAGCCUACUCUACAGAAGGUCCCUUUGCCGAUGCCUACGCCGCAAGACAUAGCUUUAAGAGCAUCGAAGCGGACGACGACGAAUCCUCUCCCAUGGAUGACCCAGCAUACCUCCCUUACAGCACUCCCUCGGGCCACGCUUCCAAUGCAGCUCGUCGAAGCGCUUCCAGCCGGUCAGCAGGAAGAGCUGUUGGUCUCACAUCGGGCACCAGCCGCAAGCCUCCCCGUGACGGUCUUACGGAUGGCCUCAAGAGGAGCAUGAGAGCGCUCAAAGCUGACGUCGAUACCGUCCUCCGUCGACGAAGACAGCAAGAGAAGCGCUCAGGCGACCGCAUCGUACAGCUCAAUGACCCCCUCUCGAACGACAAGAGCGAUUUCCUCGACAACUACGUCAGUACAUCCAAGUACAACGUGCUCACCUUUGUGCCCAAGUUCCGGGUCGAGCAAUUUAGCAAGUACGCAAACGUCUUUGUCCUCUUCACUGCUUGCAUUCAGCAGAUCCCCGGUGUAUCGCCCACCAAUCGUUGGACCACCAUCGUACCUAUGGCACUCGUCCUCCUCGCUUCCGCUUUCAAAGAGAUCAAAGAGGACAUCAAAAGACAUCAGUCUGAUUCCGAGCUCAAUGCGCGCAUCUCGCACGUCCUCGAUCCUGGCACCGGCUGGUUUGAGCCCAGAAGGUGGAGACAUAUUCGCGUCGGUGACAUCAUCCGCGUCGAGAACAACGAGUUCUUCCCAGCCGAUCUGGUCCUUCUCUCCAGCUCCGAGCCUGAAGGUCUUUGCUACAUUGAGACUGCCAACCUGGACGGAGAGACCAAUCUUAAAAUCAAACAGGCCUCGCCAGACACGGCCAAGCUCACCUCGUCGAGCGCCGCUUCCACCCUCCGUGGUAACCUCACUUCGGAACAGCCCAACAACAGUCUCUACACUUUUGAUGCUACACUCAACAUCCAGCUCAGCUCAACGCCCGGCUUCAGCGGCACACCUAUGCGCAAGGCUCCGCUCAGCCCCGAGCAGCUCUUGCUUCGAGGCGCGCAGCUACGAAAUACUCCGUGGGUCUACGGUCUGGUUGUCUUCACCGGUCACGAGACUAAGCUCAUGCGAAAUGCCACUGCAGCGCCUAUCAAGCGAACUGCGGUGGAGAAACAGGUCAACGUGCAGAUCCUGCUUCUCUUUAUCUUGCUGCUUGCGCUCUCGGUCGCUUCGUCAAUCGGUGCUAUCGUCCGCAACACUGCCUACGCCUCCGAAAUGAAGUACCUCUUGCUCAACCAGGAGGGCAAAGGCAAAGCACGUCAGUUCGUAGAGGACAUCCUCACUUUUGUUAUCGCCUACAACAACUUGAUCCCCAUCUCACUCAUCGUCACUGUCGAAGUGGUCAAGUAUCAGCAGGCCAUGCUCAUCAACUCGGAUCUCGACAUGUACUAUGCACCCACCGACACACCCGCCCUCUGUCGAACCAGUAGCUUGGUCGAGGAGCUCGGUCAGAUCGACUACAUCUUCUCGGACAAGACCGGUACGCUCACUAAAAACGAGAUGGAGUUCAAGCAGGCCAGUAUCGGCGGAAUCUCGUUCACCGACGUCAUCGACGAGAGCAAGCAAGGCACAGGCGAAAUCGGGCCCGAUGGAAGAGAGAUCGGUGGUCAGAGGACGUGGCACGAGCUCAAGGCGAUCAUGGACGGUCGAACGCCAGAUGACGGCAGCAGCGCCGUGAUUGACGAGUUCCUCACUCUGCUCGCCGUCUGCCACACUGUGAUCCCAGAGCGGAAGGGAGACAAGGUCAUCUUCCAAGCAUCCAGCCCGGACGAAGCAGCGCUCGUGGCGGGUGCAGAAUCUCUCAGCUACCAAUUCACCACACGCAAACCACGCUCGGUGUUUGUCAAUAUCCGCGGCACCGAGCGUGAAUGGGAGAUUCUCAACGUCUGCGAGUUUAACUCGACGCGAAAGCGAAUGUCGACCGUGGUACGCUGUCCCGAUGGCAAGAUCAAGCUGUACUGCAAAGGAGCUGACACGGUCAUCCUUGCCAGGCUGAGCGAGAACCAGCCUUUUACAGAUCAGACCAUGAUUCAUCUGGAAGAUUACGCUACUGAAGGCUUGCGCACGCUGUGCAUCGCCAUGCGCGAGGUGAGCGAGCAAGAGUAUCGACAAUGGUCCAAGAUCUACGAUCAAGCAGCUGCUACCAUUCAAGGCCGAAGUGAAGCACUCGAUAAAGCGGCCGAGAUGAUCGAGCAGAACAUGUUUCUGCUUGGUGCAACUGCGAUCGAAGACAAACUGCAGGACGGUGUACCGGAUACGAUCCAUACUUUGCAAUCGGCAGGCAUCAAGAUCUGGGUGUUGACGGGCGACCGCCAAGAAACGGCGAUCAACAUUGGUCUCUCUUGUCGGUUGAUCAGUGAAUCCAUGAAUCUGGUCAUCAUCAACGAGGACAACCUUCACGAUACCGCUGAGGUGCUCAACAAGCGCCUGACAGCCAUCAAGAACCAACGCAACACCGCGGGAGUAGAGCAGGAAGAGAUGGCGCUCGUCAUCGACGGCAAAUCGCUCACGUUUGCUCUGGAAAAGGAGCUCUCCAAAGUGUUUCUGGAGCUUGCGGUGCUGUGCAAAGCGGUGAUCUGCUGUCGAGUAUCUCCGCUACAGAAGGCGCUGGUGGUGAAGCUGGUCAAGAAAAACAUGUCGUCGUUGCUGCUCGCCAUUGGAGACGGCGCCAACGACGUUAGCAUGAUCCAGGCGGCGCACGUCGGAGUGGGCAUCAGUGGUGUCGAGGGACUGCAAGCGGCGAGAUCGGCUGACGUGGCCAUUUCACAGUUCCGCUAUCUGCGCAAACUGCUGCUGGUCCACGGAAGCUGGUCGUACGCGCGCUUGAGCAAGAUGAUCCUCUACAGCUUUUACAAGAACAUCACGCUAUACAUGACUCUGUUCUGGUACUCGUUCCAGAACUCCUUCUCUGGUCAGGUGGCAUUCGAAUCGUGGACGCUCUCAUUCUACAACGUCAUCUUCACCGUGCUUCCGCCACUGGUGAUUGGAAUCUUUGAUCAGUUCCUAUCGGCACGAAUGCUGGAUCGGUAUCCGCAGCUGUACGGACAGGUGUACUUUGAUAAACGUCGAUUCUGGGGUUGGACGGCCAACGCGUUUUUCCACAGCCUGAUCACUUAUCUCUUUGUCACGGUGAUUUUCUGGGGCUCACCGCAACUGACGGAUGGGUAUGCGAGCUACUCGUGGAUAUGGGGUACCACGCUGUUCAUGGUGGUCUUGGUGACGGUGUUGGGUAAAGCUGCGUUGAUCUCGGAUGUAUGGACCAAGUACACGUUUGCUGCUAUCCCGGGCUCGCUCCUAUUCACGAUUGCGUUCAUUGCAAUCUACGCGCUCAUAGCGCCGCGUCUGGGCUUCUCAAAGGAGUACGACGGCAUCGUUCCGCGGCUGUACGGUCUGAGCGAUUUCUGGCUCGCCAUGCUCGUAGUACCCACGAUCUGCCUGCUCCGAGACUUGUGCUGGAAGUAUUGGAAGCGCACCUAUACGCCAGAGAGCUACCACAUUGUCCAGGAGGUGCAGAAGUACAACCUCCAGGAUUACAGGCCCAGAAUGGACCAGUUCCAAAAAGCCAUCAGGAAGGUCCGCGCCGUACAAAGGAUGAGGAGGACAAGGGGCUUUGCGUUCAGCCAGACAGAAGGAAGCGCCGAUCUCAUUCGAAAGUACGAUACCACCAUUGCAAAGGCUUCCGGCCAGUAG